ACCUACAAAACAAAAUAACUAUUUUUUUUUGUCUCUUGCCAAUUGGCCUCCAUUAACCUUCUUAGCAAUGGUGCCAAAUUCAUUUUGUUUUUGGUGAGAAUGUGCCAAAUUCUGUCCUUUCCCUUGAUUUAUUUACCGUUGAUUUGUUUUUAACUUUUUAACCCCAAAUCUUUUUAACUACUUACCAAAAUUUACCCCCGCAACUCCCGCGCCCUCAAUUUCCUAUUCUCUCCUUCUUCUUCUUCCUUCUUCUUCGAUUUUUUCUCCUCUCAAUUUCUCCAUCAAUUCUUCCCUUCCGAUCCCAUCUUCGCCAAAGGUACCACCUUUCUGCUCCCUCUUACAUUUCUUCACAUUGGGUUGCUCUUCAAAUUCCUUCCACUGCUCCAUCUCCACAAUGUCUCGUCAAAAGAAAUCGCCAUAUACGAAUGAUCGAAGCAAAAUUAAGUUUAAUUUACGCCUUACUGUAAUCUGAUCCGUUUUAUCCAACCUGUUUCCUUUUUUUUUCCUGGUUGCAGGCUCCUUCCGUCUUCUCUCCUUCUCCUUCUCUUCAUCACCACCCGCAAGAAAACAUUAAUUUACACAUAUAUAUCGGGUAAUUGAUGGCGACGAAGUCCAAGGAGAGCACCGGGAAGAAGGAUGGCGGGAACAAGAAGGUCACAACCACCACCACCACCACCGCCACAACGCGGACGGCGGCCACCUCCCACCGGCAACCCGGCCGCCACUCCGCCUCCGCAUCGCCGCCGACCUCCUCCACGCGACCCGUCCCCAGCUACCUGAAGCCCACGGCGAGCUCCAGGCCCGACCCCCAAUCCAAACUCACAGCGGGCCUGAAGCCCACGCCGAGCUCCAGGCCCGACUCCCAAUCCAAACUCACAGACCAGAAGGCCUCGGCAGCAGUACUCCGAAGGAGAUCAUUCGACAGCAGGCCCAUUCCUUCCUCCGCCGCCGCUUCCCGAACACAGAGAUCCCUAAUUUCUCCCGAUCCCUCCGCCGCCCGAUCCGCCGCGCGGGCCCCGCUCCGGACCUCCUCUUUCACCCCUAAAACCGCCGCCGCUUCCUCCUCCUCCUCGAGGCCCACCUUCGAGAGAAGCGCCACCACUAUCCGGCCCACGGCCGGGAGCAGAUCUAUCGCCGCUCUCGUGGCGGCGAACGCCAAGAAAAGAAGCGCCAGCCCUGCCAGGAGGAGAGCGACGGCGGCGGUUAGUACCAAUACCACCGCCACCGCCACUCGCGGUGGUGUUGGGAAAAGUACGAGAGGUGGUGUGAGUACUACUAGUAGGGGUAAUGGUAGAACUAUUGGCAGAGGUGGUAAGGCGGCGACGGGAGGGAAAUUAUCUGGUUCUUCUAAGAUCAACGACAACGACAAUCAGAACAACGAGGAUGUGAACGAGAGUUUGGAUAACGAGAUCCAGCAGGUGAGCGAUCACGAGUACCUGAUUAGCGAAGACGAUCAGAGCGUUAACCUCGACAAUUUGGAGAUCGAGUCUGCCGGGAGCCCCGAUGUUUCCUUAUCUCCCACACCAUUUGACAAAAACGUUGUUGCUAUUGUUGAAGAUCGUGUUGAUAGUGGUGAUCUUGAUCAAGGUAGUAUUGACAAUGUUGAUUAUGGCCAAAAGGGAGAAAGUGAAGAGGAUGAUCAGAAGGUCGUGUGUUCGAGUGGCAGUGUAGUUGCGGGAAAACAAGAAGAUUUGGAGGAUAAGGAGGUGCUUGGGAACAAUGGUGGAGAGAGGGAUGAAGAUCAUCAUGACAAACUCGAAGAUGAGUCGAAUGAUGAAGGGGAAACAAUGGUGGAUGGGGUCCAAGAAGGAGAUGGCGAUUCAGACGAUCAAGAAGUACACGUAGAUCGCGAUCACGAGGAGCAGGAGAAGGAGAAGCAGGACGAGGUACAAGAAGAAGAAGCAGUUGUUGUGGAAGACGUGAAGAAGGAACAAGAGGCAGGAGAUUCGAGCAAGGGGAAGAAAGAGUCGCCUCCGGCUUACAACGACGUAAUCGAGGAGACGAAGAACAAGCUGAUGGAGAAGAGGAGGAACAAGGUGAAGGCAUUGGUGGGUGCUUUUCAGACUGUUAUCGACUACGAAUCUGCCGGCACUUCUUCUACCUCUCCUUCAAAGUCGACCUAAUCAUUUUUUUUUUAAUCUUCUCUUCCUCUUAUGUAUGUUUUUAUCGAUCGCUCUACUUCGUACAAUCACGCGACUAAUUGAAUCGUUGUAUAUCGAAUACAAAAGAUCGGAUCUUAUACCAUUUUCGUAACAUUAAUAAACAUGUCUCGUGUUA